AUGAUCCCCCCCGAACCGCCGCAGCAGCAGCUGCAGCCGCCGCCGCCGCCAGCCCCACCGAACCAUGUGGUGACCACCAUCGAGAACCUGCCAGCCGAGGGCAGCGGUGGCGGCGGCGGGAGCCUGUCCGCUUCCUCCCGGGCCGGCGUGCGCCAGAGGAUCCGCAAAGUGCUGAACAGGGAGAUGUUAAUCUCUGUGGCUCUGGGCCAGGUGUUAUCCCUUCUUAUUUGUGGAAUUGGCUUGACCAGCAAGUACCUAGCAGAAGAUUUCCAUGCCAACACACCAGUCUUCCAGAGUUUCCUCAAUUACAUCCUUCUUUUCUUGGUGUAUACUACCACACUGGCUGUCAGACAAGGAGAAGAAAACCUCCUGGCAAUUUUGCGACGAAGAUGGUGGAAGUAUAUGAUCCUGGGACUCAUAGACCUAGAAGCAAAUUACCUGGUGGUCAAGGCUUAUCAGUACACAACUCUGACCAGCAUCCAGCUCCUGGACUGUUUCGUGAUCCCGGUAGUGAUUUUGCUGUCCUGGUUCUUCCUGCUGAUCCGGUACAAGGCUGUGCAUUUCAUCGGCAUUGUUGUCUGCAUCUUGGGCAUGGGCUGCAUGGUGGGAGCAGAUGUGCUUGUGGGAAGGCAUCAGGGAGCAGGGGAAAAUAAGCUGGUAGGGGACCUUCUGGUCUUAGGAGGCGCCACACUCUAUGGUAUCUCUAAUGUCUGGGAAGAGUACAUCAUCCGAACCCUGAGCCGAGUGGAAUUCCUGGGGAUGAUUGGUCUCUUUGGUGCAUUUUUCAGUGGAAUUCAAUUAGCUAUCAUGGAGCACAAGGAGCUGCUAAAGGUGCCCUGGGAUUGGCAAAUAGGACUGCUCUAUGUUGGCUUUAGUGCCUGCAUGUUUGGUCUCUACAGCUUUAUGCCAGUCGUCAUAAAGAAAACCAGCGCCACUUCGGUCAACCUCUCCCUGCUCACAGCAGAUCUGUACAGCCUGUUCUGUGGAUUGUUUCUCUUCCACUACAAGUUUUCAGGACUUUAUCUCCUGUCCUUCUUCACCAUCCUCAUCGGGCUGGUGCUCUACUCCUCCACCUCCACGUACAUAGCCCAGGACCCCCGAGUGUAUAAGCAGUUUCGCAAUCCUUCCGGACCUGUUGUGGACUUACCAACCACAGCUCAGGUGGAGCCUUCCGUCACCUACACCAGCCUGGGCCAGGAAACCGAAGAGGAGCCCCAUGUCCGUGUGGCCUAGGAUGAGGCCCACCCUGCCCACUGAGGACAACUCAGUGGCCAUGUGUCUGCCCAUCAUCUCGUCUUGUACACAGAGAAAGGUAUUUACGAGGUGCACUUUACACAGGUGGACUGCAAGGUAGCCAAUCCUCUGAGAGCUUGUAAAGGGAACAAGCCAAACACCACAGGAGACAUAGGCUCCACUCCGCCUGAUCUGGAGAGAUGCCUAGGUAGUGUGUAUCCUGUUCACAACUCCCUGCAUUA